AUGUUCAGGAAAACAGUCACUUACGGCUUAGAUGCUGCUCGGCGAGAGGCAGCCAGGCCUUCUCAUCGGCAGCAUGCUACCUUUCUCGCUUAUGGAUCUCUCAGACGUCGUUACACCACUCCCUCGCCAGCAGCGUUGCGCCAUAUGCACGUACGCGCCAUAUCAUACUCCUCCAUUCCCAGAUUUGUCGCCCGAGCGUUCAGAGUACCAAUAGCAGGGAUGACGGUCGGCGCCGGUGGCUUGGGCUAUGCUAACUACAAAUUUGAAGAGUUCAGAAAGCAGACGGCAUCAUGGAUGUCUUCCGUUCAAGACACCGCUGCUGGCAUAUUCGAUACAGCUUCUGGUGGACUCAAAGCCGUGUCGUCUCGCGUUUCGGAGGUGAAUCUUCCAACCUUGGAAACUCCGCAAUUCCUCAAAGAUCUAUUUGCGGCACAAGAAGGCGGCGGCGGCAAGGGUCCUGAGGAUGGCGGUGGGGGUUCAUCGGGAAAGUCGAAGGGCAAGUCUCCAAGAGACGACGCUGCUAUCGCUGCUCUUGUCGCCGCCACUAUGUCAUCUCCCUCGGACUCCAAAUCACACGACUCCUCCAGUCCCGAUCAGCAUAACGGCCUCAUGAACUUAACAAAAAAGCUGAUUGAGAUCCGAAGCAUGCUGCUGAGUAUAGACCAGAGCGAUGCCCUCAAGCUGCCGAGCAUUGUUGUCAUCGGGAGCCAAAGUUCAGGGAAGAGCUCUGUUCUUGAGGCCGUUGUGGGACAUGAGUUCCUACCAAAAGGGAACAAUAUGGUGACCCGGCGUCCCAUUGAACUGACUUUGAUCCACACGCCUGGAGCAGCGGCAGAAUACGGCGAAUUCCCAGCUCUGGGCCUCGGAAAGAUAACCGAUUUCUCUGACAUCCAGAAGACCCUCACAGAUCUCAACCUCGCCGUCCCGGCCUCCGAAGCAGUAUCCAAUGACCCCAUUGAUCUACGCAUAUACUCUCCCCACGUCCCGGACUUGACUCUUAUCGACCUCCCUGGCUACGUUCAAAUCGCUUCCAUGGACCAGCCGGAAACACUGAAGGAGAAGAUAGCUCAACUAUGUGACAAAUACAUUCGCGAACCAAACAUCAUAUUGGCCGUUUGUGCUGCCGAUGUCGAUUUAGCGAAUUCGCCUGCCUUAAGAGCGAGUCGGAAGGUCGAUCCGCUCGGUCUACGGACUAUCGGUGUUAUCACAAAAAUGGAUCUAGUACCGCCGGAACAGGGUGCCACCAUCCUUGCAGGAAAUCGAUAUCCCCUUCACCUUGGUUAUGUCGGGGUAGUGGCUAAAUCAUCAGGCAAAAGAUCAAGGCGAGACGACAUGGCUCUCGUUGCCCAAAAGGGCGAACGAGAUUACUUUGGGGCACAUGGUGAAAUCUUCGGAUCCACGACAUCACUGAUGGUUGGUACCGACACCCUUCGCCGACGGCUGAUGGAAGUUCUUGAAUCAUCCAUGGCAUCCUCGUUGCAUGGUAUCACUAACGCUGUACAAUUAGAGCUCGAAGAGGCGACCUACCAGUUCAAAGUCCAAUACAACGAUCGCCGAAUCACCGCUGAGUCUUACGUCGCUGAGACUAUGGAUGCUCUCAAGUUACGAUUCAAAGAAGCAACGUCUCAGUUUAAGCGUCCAGCAAUCCGCGCUAAACUAAAGGAGAUGCUCGAUGACAAGGUUAUGGACGUCCUCGAGCAGUUGUACUGGUUGGACAAACGUGCGCCCGAGCUUGGCGGACUUGGUCAAGAUCCCAAGGUGCGACCCGAGGAUGUUGAACCCUACUGGAGGCAUAAGCUGGAAGCAGCCUCUUCUCUUCUCACCAAGUCAGGUGUUGGUCGUGACUCUACACUCCUAGUCGCGAACGGUCUCCGUUCACUCAUCGACUCCAUUGCCGCCGCCGAACCAUUCAACUUCCAUCCUCGCGCUGCCGAACGCCUAGUCCAAUUUUCACAUAUGAUUCUCCGGGACCGUAUCGGUGUCACUUCAGAUCAAGUGGAAAACUGUAUCAAACCGUACAAGUACGAGGUCGAAGUGGAGGAUAGAGAGUGGGAAUCAGGUAGACAGUCGGCAAUAGAUCUCUUUGAAAAGGAGGUGACCAUGUGCGAGAAGAAGUUGAAGGAUAUCAGACAAAAAGUCGGAGGGAGUCGUAGACUGGGCGGGUUGGUGAGGUAUGUGCAGGAGAUAGAAGAGAAGGAGAAGGCAAAGAAGACGAAGAGGCUCAUGGCUCCCGAGGACGAGAAUACUGAGGAGGAUUCUUCCGUUGACUAUCGUUAUCCAGCUGCACAAAUCCACGAUGCCCGACAUGCCAUUCUAUACACUGAUCGCCUCAGCAUCCUGAAGUUGCGGUUAGCUGCCUUGAGGUCUAAGCGAUGUAAAGCUGGACCGAGUAACGAUGUCCUCUGUCCAGAAGCGUUCCUCAACGUCGUUGCCGACAAGCUCGCCUAUACUUCAGCCAUGUUCAUUAACAUCGAACUCCUUGAUCAAUUCUUUUACCAGUUUCCCCGCGAGAUCGACUCUAGGCUGCUAUAUGAUCUCGAUCGCAAAGAGAUAGUUGAGUUUGCGAGGGAGAAUCCCGUCGUGCGGCGCCAUCUUGAUUUACAAGAGCGUAAAGAUAAGCUCGAAGAGGUGAUGAAGCAACUCAACAGUCUAUCGACAUUACGGACGGAUGCACAGCCUGCACCGCGGCGGCACAGAGGACUUUUUGGCAACAUGUUUUAG